ACGCCGCGCAGGCGCAGUGGGGCGUGGCGGCGGCGGCAGGAGGAGGCGGGCGGCGCCGCCAUGGCGGAGGGCGAGGGCCUGCUUUCCGUGGACUACGAGGUGUACGGCAAGGUGCAGGGCGUCUUCUUCCGCAAGUACACCCAGGGGGAGGCUAAGAGGCUAGGACUCGUUGGUUGGGUCCAAAAUACUAGCCACGGCACCGUGCAAGGACAAAUUCAGGGUCCAACAGCCAGGGUGCGGGAGCUGCAGGAAUGGCUCAGGAAGAUAGGAAGCCCCCAGUCCCGCAUCAGCCGAGCCGAGUUCAGCAAUGAGAAGAAGAUCACGGAGUUGGAACACCAAGACUUCCAGAUUUUGAAAUAACUUUGUCCGGGAAGGAGCAAAAUCUGCGGCAUGGCGUCCCCUCACAGAAUGUUUCCCCUCUCCCCCGUUAGUUCAGUUAGCCACUAUUCAGCUCUAGAGAACUUUAUUUUAUUACGUUUCUAAUUUAUUGAUUCGUUGUACUGUCAGUCUAACUCCCAGCCUUUCACAGAGUUUUGGCAGGUGGAGGAAGAGGUGUGCUGCCUUUUUUGCGGGGGCUGUGCAGGGACACGGCCUCUUUAUUUCUGAAUGUAUGCGCAGGGCGGGGUUUAGUUGCACAUCAGUAAAAUUCUUUGUAUUUUGUAUAGUGUUACGCUUACAUGAAGGAAAUCACAGAAUCAGUGCUGGUAGGACAGAUUGCUAAAAGCGUCAUUUCUGUGCUCUGAAUGCCUCAGAAACAUGAAUUUUGCUCCCGACCUUGGCUUUUAAUUUAGAAUAAAAUUGCUUGGAGCUUG